AGUGAAUGCGUUGCGCAUUAUGAUAGCAGAUGUUGUCCUUGUGUCUAUCUUUUUUAUUAGCAAAUGUUGAGGCUGGCAUGUAUCGUCAGAAUCGCUGCUAUAGCUGCAUGUCGCCAAUGUAUGAGGAAUUUUUCAAAAAUGGAUUGGACAGGUACUUCACCCCUCCAAAAAAUUUCUCCUAUCAAUGUGAUGAGCCGAUGAAUCCUGAAUCGAUGGCCUUGGUUUCAUGUCGGACCAUAUGCUUGACAGUACAACAGGACCUCUACAUUAUGGGUCAACCCACCGGCAAGCGGUUGUUUAUGCGAGGAUGUGCGUUAACCCUAGCUAGGAGAGGUCUUAAUAACCAUACGUUGAGCAUGUUCGACCGUUACGAUAUAUGCAGAGAGAUGUCAGCAGCUGAUCUAUUUCGACAUGAUCGAGCGGAUUCGCAACGCGUACGCGUGUGCAGUUGUCUUGGUGAUCGCUGCAAUGGGUCGCUAUCAGGCUGCCGAGCGCCAGAUGUUGUGGUGCUAUUAACUGUGAUCCUUACAUGCCUAAUUAUGCGGUAG